CUCGAGCUUCUCCGCAACAUGGUCUAGCAUGGAUUCCAAGCCUUCCGCUGCGGUGCCCCCUGGGCAUGCGGCUGUCUUCCCAGAGGCCAAGAAGCCCAACGGAAUCUCUAUCCAUGGCUUCCGAAUCUCGACACAGAAGCAGCCCAUCCUGAAAGCAGACCCCAUCGAGGAGAUGACCAAAAAACUCGGCAUUGCCCCGCCAGAGAUGAUCUUUGGCGACAACUACGUGGCGAUCGAACACGAGAAGAGUGGGUGGGCCAUCAAUUUCAACUCGUUCGAUGCUCUAGACCUGGUGGAUAAGACCGGGCAGUCAAUGCUUCAGGUCGCAUACUCAAAGGAGUGGCAGAAAAGCAGAGAAAACACACAUGAAGGUAUCAAAGAGGUCGUCAAGCCGUUCGACUGGUCAUACAGUACGGACUACAAGGGCACUCUCAGCCCCAAUGGCAGGCCGUUCGAAGUGACCACCAAACCAAUUCCCAUCGAGCUUCUGAAGCGUCCCGAUCCAAUUCUCUUUUUUGACGACGUCGUACUCUACGAAGAUGAACUGGCGGAUAACGGUAUCGCUAUGUUGUCUUGCAAGAUCCGCGUGAUGCCCGGGAGAAUGCUUCUCCUGUCCAGAUUCUUUAUGAGACUGGACAAUGUCUUGAUUCGUCUUCGAGACACUCGGGUUUAUGUCGACUUCGAGACUCGCGAAGUGAUCCGCGAAUACCAAUCCAAGGAAUGUGAAUAUGAGAAAGUCAGACAGAUGCUUGCGGGUACCCGGGAUGACAUCCCAGCUUUGAUGAGAGACCCCAACAGACUCUCUGGGCUACUACCCAUCGUAGCAAAGCAAUCGGAACGCGUGGUUCUCGAUGCUUAAUGUUUUGGG